UCACCUUAGGGCGCACCGCAGCAACUUUUUGCAACUCUUUCCGCGAUAGCCACGAGAGUCAACUAGUCACCUUUACCACCAGUGCCAGUCGGACCUGUAUGGCCCCAUCGAUCGCCAUGUCAGCUUUGACCGCUGGUUUGAAAACUGAAGAGCUUCCUCCCCGUUCGGUCCUUGUCAGCAGAGGCGAGAUGCAGACAAGUCUGAGUCCCGCUGAGGAGACCGGGAAGCCUAAAGUUGCUAUUCUGCCCUUCAGUGUCGAGGCACUGAUGGCUGAUAGAAAACCCAGCAGAGAAGCACCAUCUCCGGACGCGCUGUCCGCAGCCGGGACGUCCCAGGCGCCGGGAAAGGGAGCACGGAUGGGCUCUUUUGGUAGUCUGGAUACUUCAGUUCCUGCUUUGCCCAUGAGCUCAUCUUUUUCAGUGGGCGAGAUCAUGAACAUGCCUGAAGACGUGUUGAUUAAACCCGAGAGCCCGGACAGUAAAGAGAGGGCGUCAUGGUCGCAGAGUCCUCGUUUCUCUCCUACACCUCCAAGAAGGCUGAGUCCUCCUGCGUGUCCCCUGCGAAAACACAAGACAAACAGAAAGCCCCGGACCCCCUUCACCACGUCCCAGCUGCUGGCCCUGGAGAGAAAGUUCCGUCAGAAGCAGUACCUUUCCAUCGCCGAGCGCGCAGAGUUCUCCAGUUCCCUCAAUUUGACGGAGACCCAGGUGAAAAUCUGGUUUCAGAAUAGGAGAGCCAAAGCCAAGCGGCUGCAGGAGGCAGAACUUGAAAAACUGAAAAUGGCAGCUAAGCCUAUGCUGCCUCCAGCUUUCGGUAUUUCCUUUCCUCUGGGUGCGCAUGUCCCCGCGUCCUACGCUGGGUCGCACCCGUUCCAGAGGCAUUCUCUGCCGGUUUCCCCCGUGGGACUGUACGCCGCUCACGUGGGAUAUAGUAUGUACCACUUGGCUUGACAGGGACGCGGGAGGAGGGGCGCCUGCAGUGGGACACAAGGGGGCUGAGAAUAGCCACCAUUCUGAAGGCCCGAACGAGAAAGGGCGCUUCGGGCAGGUGAGGUAAUACUGUAGAGGCAUCCUGGUGGUCAGCUCAGUGCCGCACCCAGCCUCCUAACAGACCCCCUACUGAGGAUCGUGAAGUUUAUCCACUUCUCUUGACCUCGCCAGUAAGUUCACACACUGCAAAAAUACUCCAUCUUUAUUAGCCAUUUCAUCUUGAGUCUUAAAUCUGUUUUUGUCAGUGGACUUUGGCCUCAAGCACAUAUUGAUACUUCUAUUUCAGACUAAAUGACUUUAACAUGGACAUUUCUGCACUACAGAGGUGGAAAACAGCUUAGUACGUGCAGACCUUUGAUAUAUCAAAAAUGGACAGUCAAGUAUAGGCAGCAGGCUGUGUGCCAGUGCGUCCCUGCCUCUGGUACAGCCAGGGAAAAUGGAGAUUUUACGGGCUUCGCGGAGUCAACGAGAGACUCUUGCGCAGCCUGACAUUUCGCCCCAGCAAACUUAACAAGCUUUGAUCGCAUUUGUGAGAGGUCACACGGCUAAAACCAUACAUUUUCAUUUUUUUGCAUUCAUAUCAAUGCGUACCUACAGUGAGUUACUGAAUCCAGUGUCAAUGAAUGCUCUUUGUGAAUUUGGAGAACCACAGCAUUUUUUUUAAUAACAGCACUGUCUGUUGUUGGAAUGAUUCCCUUCGGAA